CUCUCUUUCUCUUUCUCUCUCGCUCGCUCGCUCUCCGUGUCUGUAUUCUGUUCUCUCUAUCAUUCUCACUUUCUCCCUCGCUGUCUUCCUUUCGAUGCGUUUCAUGGCGUCUGUUUUAUAUUUCGUCCGUUAUUCUAGAAAGACAGUUGGGCGAACUGUCUUUUGAUAUUGUCGAGGCGAAUUUGAGUCUCGGUUUCAAUCCUUGGUAGACAUAAUGUGACAUCGCUAGAACUCAAAACGCUAGGACUCAAAACAUUCUGUUCGUUUCUAUUAUUUUCUUGUUUUGUUCUGUUUUUAUUUAUUGGUUCACGCUUGGAAGUGGAUUUGGCACCAUAAACCAACAGGAUUACUCGUGAACAUUACUGUGCAUCUGCUAUUUGCUUCCGUCCAUUAUACAACAUUAACUACAAAGAACUUCGGACCAUCUAAACGGACCAACACUUCUUCUGAACAGCCGGGAAUAUAACGAAGGCAAGGCAGUGAAGGGUAGUUCAGGGUAACGCAGAGCAAUGCAGGGCAAGGCGCAUAGCACAGCUGGCGGAGUCGAACUACUGACUUGUUGAUGGAUUGUUCUAUACACCAUGGACUCGGUCCGUCUAAUCUUUACUUUACCUUAAUAGAGUACCACUCCAGAUAUUUAGUAUUCGAGAAAAACUGUAAAUUUGUUAUGAACGAGUUAAUCCCAGAUCCAUUUUUAAAAUGUUCCUUAAAUAAUUUACUAAAUCACAGCUGCAUCAACUACAUUUUUACCUCUUAACAAGGAGAACGGCGAACGUAUACCUAACACACAGUACCCAAUCCAAUUUUCUUUUGCUUUUAUUUUAUUUUAUUUUGUAGUCAGGUAUUGAUAUUGAGACUGUUUGUCAGCUUCCAGCUCAUCCUCGAUUAGUGCUAUAUUUUUGGCUUCUUUUUUUUUUUUUUUUCUUUGAAGUAUCACCUAGCUCUAGUUUAGAUUUUAUCAGCAAAUAUUUUGUUUAUACAUUAUCACUUUACAAAUCCAAUCGAUAUUUGCUUUUCGUCGUAGAACUACAGCAAAAGUAUUAGUAAAAUUAACAACAAUAACAACGACAACAACGAUAACAUCAACAACUAUAACAAUUAUCAGAAAUGAUGAUGUAGUAGUCAAUACUCAACUGAAGAGCGAAGCAGACUACGUUAAUACAAACGAGCAGAUAUCAUAAAAGUAAGUGUUACUAUAUCUCUAGAGAGAGAGAAACCUCGAGCCAAAUCACGCAAAAUGAAGAAAAAAUCGGUGAAUUUUAGGUUACCAGACCAAGAAAGUGAAUGUAUGUCAGAGGCAACAGCCCAAAGUUCUGCAACGGCUGUUAGUUCUACAACAGCCCCUAGUUCUACAACAGCCCCUAGUUCUACAACAGCCCCUAGUUCUACAGCAGCCCCUAAUUCUCGGCCGCUUGAAGAUGAAAGUUCGGUUUUCAUGGUCACAUCCGAUGACAGUUCGGAAAAGUCGGCCUUGAAGGAUCAAACCAGUGAUGCAUCUCCCAAGGAGCCGUUAUAUUUUGUUGAAAUACCAAAGACAAUACAAACUCAAGAAGAGUUGGAUCAGAGGACAAGCGAUAAGCUGAUGACUCUGUGCCUGCUCACUUUGACUAAUAUCAUAUCCACCGAAUUCCAUUAUGCUGAACAGUUGAGAAAGUUAUACCAUUGCAGAACCUACUUCGCUAACAAACUUGAAGUGGGUGAUUGUUUGUUCAAUAAAGACGAGCUGGAUACCUUGUUCUACCGACUCGAUGACAUCGUAUUAUCAGUAGAGUUAUACCAUAUGAAUUUAUCGCGGCUUCUGAAAAAGUGGUCCCUCGACAUCAGGCUUUCCUUAGCUUUUGAGGAUACCCUUAAUUCUAUGCCAUUGUUCCACGACUGUGCCGACCAUUUCAAGCAAGCCGAAAAAAUAAUUUUGGGAAAGGGGGGUGCCGACGUAGUAAACGAUCUUGUCCGAGAGGAAAUGCCAAGCCUUGACAUUCCAUUUACAGAUUUAAUUCAAUUUCCUAUAACCAUGAGAAGUAGAAUUAUUUACGGCCUAAAGCAAAUGGCUAAGUACAUUCCUCCGGACAAACGGGACUACAUGGAAAUGAGGCUGGCUGUGCAAUCUACAAUGGCAAUUAAUGGUGUUCGUCAACCACGUGGUGGUGUGAUUGGUCAUCCACUUAAGUCCGGAUACGCCGUCCAAGUAAUCAAUAGGAAACGCUACCUCAGAUACUUGUUUCUUUUCCCUAACAAUCUUAUCAUUACUUCGAUGACGAAGAAGGGAUCGCAGUAAGUACCCUGUCCACUUUACACUU